AGUCCCGUGCCCUGAAGCACGAGGAGAUCCACCAGGAGAUGUUGAACAAGAUCGACCAGAACGCGCAGGAGGCCGAGAAGAUGAUGCGGACGAGCGAGGCCGAACUCGCGAAGCAGGACGAGGAGCUGAACAAGGGGAACCAGGACCGCAUGGACUCUCUCGAGCGCCACUACGCGAACGUCGCGAAGGAGACCGCGAAGCGCCUGAACGCGCUGGACCUCCGUCUGAGCGGGCUGCAGGGGUCCAGCGGCGAGCUGAAGCGGGACUCCGGCAAGCUCCGGGACGAGGUUAACAACCUCACGGUCAAGAGCGCGGCGCACGACGUGGACAUCGGAAAAUGCAGCGACGAUCUGCGCAAGCUCGAGCGCCAGCGCGCGGAAGACUCGCAGAGGCACAAGCAGGACAUGGACGGUGUCUACGAGGAGUUGGACCAGAAGGUGUACGAGAAGAGUUUUAAGUCGCUCGAGGAUCUGACUACCAAGUUGACACGCGGCACUGUGAAGCUUUGCCAGGUGGUCGGCGUGUUUCCCGGUGCCAGGGUAAACGACGGCAGCGAGGAGGAGCUUGAUGUGGACGUUGAGUUGCUGAACUGGGAGGACUGCGCGCAACACCUCACCGCCCGCGUGGAGAAGACGUGGCGGCAGCUGUCGUCGCAGAAGUACCGCAGCAUCCUCGACCUGGUGAGCAAGAAGGCCGACCACUCGGUGCUGCGCCUCCUCCAAAUCUCCCAGCAGCACAUCGAAAGCCAGCUGGACCGCGUCCGCCAUGAGCGCGAGCUGUGGAAGGAGGUGGUGGACAAGCGCGCGCAGCAGCCGAUGCAGCUGGCCCUUUCGCUCAAGGACCCGUCCACGGGGCAGCCGAUGCCGCCAGGCGCCGGCAUGAUGGGCAACCAGGGCAUGAACCCGAUGAUCGGGUACGGCCCGCGCUUCGACGGCUCCGACGGGCUCCCGCCCGUGCCGAUGGGCGGCACGGCCCCGAUGGGCGACCAGACUGGAGGCAUGAUGAAGGGGGCGUCGCCGCUGGCGAAGCGCAUCGCGCGGCCUGCGGGCACCCCGCCGCAGAAGGCGUGAGGUGCGUGGCGCGCGGCGUGCACGGCCCCUGC